GCCCCUGAUGUGCAGAUGGACCUGGCCAGCCGCAGGCUCUCCCUCGAAAUCCUCAAUGGCAGCCCCUUGGUGCUUCAGAUGCGUCACCCCUCGCAUCUCAGUCGAGGUGUCCCAGCGGCUGGUGCUUGGGAGCAUGCUUACCAGCAGCAGCAGCAGCAGCAGCGGCGGCCGCAGCAGCAGCAGCAGCAGCAGCAGCAGCAGCAGCAGCAGCAGCAGCAGCAGCAGCAGCAGCAGCAGCAGCGGCGGCGACUGCGGCAGCAGCAGCGGUGA